AUGUUGCAUGAGACUGCUGCUACAAAUACUAAUAAUGCCCCACUGGAGACAGAUUUGGACUGUGUUUUGGACGAGUUUUUAGGAGAAUUUUUAUACUUAUCGAGGGACUCCGAGAGGGGUGAACUGCUAAACUUGACGAAUUCUAACGAGGAUGACGGGAGUGUUAGUGGGACUACUGCUGUGCCUUCCUUUUACGAGUCCCUCUCAUUUAGGAAAGCGGUCUCGAUUAAGACAAGCGCGCCGACAGAUCAGUCAAAGGUUGCUCAAAUAAACGAGCAGCACUUGUCCGUCCAAAUGACGACGUCCAACCUACCGUCGUAUUCAAGAGUUGAAAACCAAAUUAAACUUGAUGUUAAACUUGUUUCUAAUACGGGAGAGUUAGCAGAUAAGUUGUACGCUUAUUUGCCCGCGGACUGUAUCGCCAAGGAAAAAUUCUACUUGGAUGAGAGUAACGUCCCAACAAAGGUCAAAAAAUCAGUGCUUUAUGUGGAGGCGUUCUUACUCACGUACCCGAGCGAGAAGGCAACGUACGUUUGUGACAGGUGUGUGCAGAGAGAACAGAGACGAGCGUCACGGAGAAAGUCCGGGCUGUGCGAUAACGUCGCAUGGUGUGCGAACCCAAACAGAAGUGCAGUCAUCUUCAACAACAAACAACUCCUCAAGUUGGAGUCCAGUGGACCAAAUGAAAUCAACUUCCAGUUGAACACGAGGAUUGUCUGCUACUGCAGGCAUCAUAAAAGCCCCCUGGGAUUUCACAUUUUGUUCCUGAUCAGAGACUGCAAUCAGAACAUCAUCGCUAAGCAUACAACGACACCAAUCAUUAUCAUGGACAAGAAGACACCUACUCGAGCACCUACAGGAGAAAAGCAGUCGUUUUUCGAUCACAAAGGGACACUCCGACCGCAGGUUCGCAGCUGCAAAACCCCAAACGACUACCCGGACUCAAUAUCCAUGCCGUUCCACAACUCUAUUCCGUCGCCCACUUCGCAAAGCGACGAUAACCUUUACGCGGAUAACUUACGUGCCAUCGAUAUCAAUACUAUUGACAGCAACUGGAACGACUACCAUUCGCAUUUAGGCUCUAAUAAAAACAACAUAAUAUCCCCAGUUAGUGAAAUCAAUACCGUGGCAAAGGGCACAACUGGUCUGGAGCUACCAAUUGCAUCUGCCGAGCCCUUGAAGAAGAGGAAGAAAACAUAUUCUGCAUCUCCAGUGUCAUCCGUGUCAUCUGUAACCUCAGAACCACUGUCGCGUCGCAUAUCAACGAACAGUGGAUCCCUCGCUUCUGCAUCGUGCACAAAUGCUGUCCCUUUGCUCCAUCGUCUUGUCCCUGCACAAGGCUCAACCGCGGGAGGCAUUGAAGUCACACUCCUAGGGUCCAACUUCAAACAAGGCCUUAUAGUCAAGUUUGGCGAUAACAUCGCGCUAUCCAGCCAAUGCUGGAAUUCCACCACAAUUGUAACAUAUCUUCCACCAUCUGCAACGACGGGCCAAGUCUUGGUCACCAUAGCUGACCCCAUGGCACCUCAACAACCUGUCCCCAAUUAUACGAGAGGCCCAUUUUUUACCUACAUUGACGACUCAGAUAAACAAAUUAUUGAGUUAGCAUUACAGAUAGUAGGGUUUAAGAUGAACGGGAAACUAGAUGAUCCAAGAAAUAUCGCGAGACAGAUUGUGGAUAGCACAAAUUCACAAUCCGCCACCCUUGAUGGACACUCAUCAAACCAAAGCAUGUAUACCCAAAAUCACACAAACGUCAACGUAAUGGGGACGCAAGACCUCCUAGUAAAGAUUAUUGAAAAGGCUGUUGACUUAAAUUUUGCCGUCAUGGAUGCGAAAGGUAGAACGCUUUUGCAUUAUGCCGCAUUGAAAAAGCAUAAAAGAAUAGUGGAACUAUUAGUACAGAAGAGCGGUGGGGUCCUAGCCACAAGAGAGGAUUCCUUUGGGUUCUUACCGCUUCAUUUUGCAUCCGUAGGUGGUGAUUCAGAGAUCAUCAAUUUGUUGAGUAAGUUCAACGGUGCGAAUAGAAAGGCCGGGAAUGGUAUGACGCCCAAUAGUUUAUAUUUCAUAAACCAUGAGCUGAAUAUGGAUGAUAGUGAGAGUUCUUGUGACGAAUUCACUGAAACAGAGAGUUCGGUAUCUGAAGCGGAGUCACUAGAGGAAGACCGAGUUACAGAGGCACAAGAGGAAAAUGCCGAAUCUAACCCAUCUUUGUAUUCCAGGUUAAUGAGUCGGUUUGGUGAAGAUCUGCUGCCCAGGUAUGACGAUUUGUUCCCGAAAAACUCACUGGAUGAUCCAAAAAGCGCAAAAAUAGAGCCCGCGGGCACUUCUGAACAAGAACAAUCCAUUUCACAAUUAGGCGACUACGAAACAGACUCAGAAAGCAGAGAAAAUGAGGAUGAUGAUGAAUCAUAUGAGCAUUUACUGAUGUUCCAUAAGGAGGUCAACUUCGAAAAUGACAAAAUGCUGUUAUACUUCUGGAUUCCUCUAAUGCUUUUAUCGUCGACGUGGGUUACGCUGUACUUGUGGGGGGCCAAUGAUAGUUGGGUGCAUUGGUUGAAUGACCAAAUUGCCAAGUACGCGAGAAUUUUGCUGACCUCGUUUUUGUUAGGUAGAGAGAGAAUGAGAAGCUCUAUCAAAUCUCACUUCUCCAAUUUUCAGCCGUCAAGAAUCUUGAAGGACUUUUCAAGAUCUUUGGACGAUAUGUUAGUAACGUAA